AUGUCCAGUAUAAAAGGCAGACCAUGGUGGCGUCCUCCGGGUCCACCGGGUAUGGCUCUGCAGGCGGAAGCGCGCCUGGAGGCGGACACUCCGGCGGAGGCCUUGGGGGAGCUCACGGCCUUGCUGCAGGCAGGCCAUGCAGUAGGAGGUCAUUUGGGAGGCGGCCCUGUAGAAGGAGGCCACGUAGGAGGGGGCAGUGUGAUUCCUGCAGUCCUUGUGGGCAGCGGCAUCCUCCCCAACAGCCUUAUUAACCCUGCUGUCGGCACUGGAUACAGCGCUGGCUUCGAUGCAGGUGCCGACUACGAAGCCUUCGUGGUAUCCGACUAUGACGCUUUCGUGGCAGCCGACUACGACGCCUUCGGGGGAGCUGACUACGACUUCGGGGGCAUGGGCUUCGACGGAGCGGCCACUACCUAUGACGCCGGAGACGGCCACGGCGCCGGGCAUCUGCAUGAAAUCGGUAUUGCUGAAGGAGUGACCUUCGACGCUUUCCUCGAUGGAGCGGCCGCCUUCCAAGACGGCCAGGAUGGAGGCUUCGAGGCUGCUGGGUUCGCCAACGGAGGCCAGAUCAGUGGGUCGUAUGGAAUCUAA